AUUCCAGGCAAACAAUGUUGAAUAAAAGAUCGAUACGAAAAUCGGGAUAAAAAGUCAACGUGAUGAACGUCGAAAUAGUAAGUAAUUCUAUUAAAAAACCAAUUGAUAGGAAUUCGGAAAUGAUUUUACUUCAGAAAAAUGGCCAUUUAUCAGAUUUCUCAACGUGAUUCUUGCAAGACUUAAUAUAAUGGAACACACAAUAUGCACGAAUUCCUGACGAUAUAUGUUUUUUUUGUUUUGUACAGCGGACAUUGUGAUUCCUUAAAAGAAACUGAAAUAAUACAAAAAUAAUAAUUAAAAUACAUACAUUUUCUAUUCAUUGUAAACCUUGAAUUCCCUUUGAAUUGUCAUCUGUAGUGUAAAAUAAAUGUUUUACAUAAUUUCCAAUUAAUACUUUGAAACAUUAUACUGAAACACUUAAUACAAAUAAAAUGCAAAUCAUUCAAUAAAGUAAUUAAAUGAUAAACAAGUUAUAUAUUAUUAUAGUGAUAAAAUUGAGUCAGUAAAUGAAGCAUGUUAUGUUAACACUUCAACUUUUUCGACCGCAUCGGGCCUCGCGCAAUGCAUCACGAUUUUAGCGCACAAGCGGCCGACUUUUUGAUGCGCUUUUGCCCUUUAGGAACUGCACAAGUACUAUAUACAGCAUAUAUGUAUAUAUACAGUAGUGACAAGCAUCCAAGAUUGCAGGGCACAAGCAAUCUAAGGAUUGUUUACAUGGACGUACCCUUCGAUUUUUAUCAGUAUUAAUCCCGAAUGCUCGUCGUAGAAAUUUAAAAAAGUUUUAAAUAAUCGAUAUAAAAAUUAAAUAUUAUAUAGUUUUUAGUGAUUAACUAUUAAUUUUAUAAUAUUUUAUAACAAUUCCAGUGAAAGACUUUAGGGUUAGGUAGAUAAGCCAUAUUAAUUUCCCUAUAGUAUUGCAAUUGAAUGUGAAUUUUGAAAUAAUUAAUUUUGAUUACCAAAAAUCAUAGUUCAACCGUUAAAGUAUUAAUGGUCUAAUCAUGGAUAAAAUAGCACUAAAAAUUGAGACGAUGCCAGAUGGAACAAAUCAACUUUUUGCUCAACAAAUAAUGUCUGCCUAUUCACCUAAUUUACGGUUUAAUGCAUUAGGUAAAGAUGAGUACAUUAUAAUAUCUGAUGAUGCUGGUUUAUUUUUUGAUAAACAGAUCAUAGCUAAUGUACCAAUUAUUCAAGAUAUGAGUGAAUUUCAAGGCAUGGUAGGAGAUAUUGAUGUUCAUCAAAGUAGUACAAUGCAGCUAACAGAAGAAAGUAAUAUACCACAGUCAAUUCAAGAAAUUGAUACAAACGUACCAACUCUUGGCGCAGAGUUAAUAAUUUCUCAAGGAAGAACAAAAAUCAAAUGUGAGCUGUUUUGUGUUCAGUGCAAUAAAAUUAUGGAUGAGCAUACUAUUAUUCAAGAUGCAGAAAAUCUUGCGUGUAAAUGUUGCCAUACUCAACUGUUGUUUAAAUGCAACAGUUGUACGAAUAGAUAUCAACAACUUCGCGGACUACAUAGACACAUUAAAAAUGAAUGUAGUAGUAUUAAGCGAUACCAUUGUGCUCAAUGCCCUUUCAAAUGCAUAAAAGAAGUUCAUCUUGAUUUGCACAUGAAAAAAAAGCACGAUGCAGAAUUCAAUUUUAAAUGCUCAAAAUGUGGCAAGGAAUAUGAUAAAAGGUGGUGUUUGAAAGAACACGAAAGGUCAUGUGAAAUGCCAUUGAACUGUGAAUUUUGUUCUUUCAGAACAACGCAAAAACAAAGUCUUAAUUAUCAUAUAGGUGCUAUACAUAAACUUUCUCACAAUAUAGUUUAGCCAUUUGAAGUGUUCAUAGUU